CAGUGGCAGAUGAUCUUAGCGAAACCCUGAACGCCUCCAACGGUCGCCACCAGACUUCAGGUUUUAUGUUUGUGGUUUGAUCCAAACAUGGCAAGAGCAAGAAUCUGAUCCGAGCAGUUCGGGCACUAGUAUACCGCCUUCCAUAUUGCAGUCCUGGUUUAGCAUUGUUUCGAAGUGGUCGGAAACGACAAUUAGCACCUACGAGUGUGGCGUGCGAGACGACAAAACAAUCUAGCUGACGGAAGGCUCUGGCUAUUAACGGUAGUGACUUUCACAGGGUCAGUUCUCAAGUGGUCAAAAAAUGAGAAAUUUGCUGUUUUGUUGCUGCUUUUUCCUCGCGGUUACUAUUUGGCAAGUGCUUUCGAGGCCAACAGGUCAGGUUGAUCAACCGGUGGAAAUUGUAUCAGUCCUCAACGAGGUUGAGGGAAAUGGAACCAUUUAUGCACACAUGUUAUCGGAUGGUUCGACGGUUCUGCAGAGAACUUACACGAAAAUCGUGGACGAUGCUGAAAUCACAGUUCAAGCGGGUUAUUACUCAUUCGUCGGAUCGGACAAUUUAAUCCACAAGGUUGAGUACAUUUCAGACGAAAAUGGAUACCAAGCCAGAAGCACAACAAUAAACAUGACCAAUUCCAUUGAAGAUUCAAUGUUACCGCUUAAAGUGUUAAUAUCUCUGGUUGGAAACGGAUAAUGCGUGUUUUUGUGCAUCGUAGAGUAUAGACUGCCGAUGAAAUGUUCCUCGACUAACAAAAAUGUUGAUAUUCUCACAUUUAGACCUAUUUAUUUACAAAAUUAAGCACACUUAAAGUCAAGUAAAGCGCUUGAAAGAUCAUGACCUACGGAACGUUUCCCCUGAAUACACAUCUAAACUGGACAGCUUCCACAAUACGGUCAACCCCAGCCAACAGAUCAAAACUGGACCAGUUUCACCUCUCCUGACUGCAUCACUCCCUAGUUAACAUGGGGUGCCGUUUCUUGUGAAGAAGAUCAUGUUCCAACUAACCAAAAUGACCACUGCUGAACCCAGAAGGUGAUGCUGCGUUUAAUACCGUGUCAAGCAGACCAACACGUCAGAUGACCUGGCGACUGUCAAGAGGUCAAUUAACUUCUCGCAUCACCAGCCCGGCAGCUAUACGAAUGGAUGCUGGUUUCCUCCUGGCUCUGGCCAGUUUCAUCGUCUGAAUGCUAAUUUGAAUUCACACAACGAUUAAGAUCAAAUCUGUAACAAGAAUACCUGAAUGUACGUGCGAGGCAAUGAACCGGUAAUGAUCAGCAGGGAAAAAAACUGGUCAACAACCGGUGACAAUUAUCGUGAAGGGAAAAAUUAUCUCCAAGUGUAUGUUUAUUCUGCCGCUCACUGGAAGGUAAUUGCAAACUGGAAAUCCUGUUGCUGUUCGGUUUGGUAAGUGGACAUUAACAGGGCUUGAUGGAUUUGAUGCUUCGGAGGGAUCGUCCUUUUUUUUCUAUAUAUAAACGAGUUCGGGAACAAAAAAUUAGUUUUUACAACGGAGGGAUGAAAAUGAAUAAUUUGAAUAAUUUUCGGAAUCACAAUCUGAUUUUAAAAGUGGAUGAUAUUUAGUUUCAAAUAAGAACUCGCGAGGUUAUGAGUUUUAUUAAUUAAGUACUACCAGACUUGAAUCAUUGUGAAACAAAUCAUAAUCAUAAACAUGCAAUUAAAACAAAAGUAUUCGAACUUGCGAUUGUAUACAGAAUAUUUUUUAAUCACCAAACGAUCAGUUAUUAUUAUUUAUCAUACCCAACCUCUACUUUACUACC